AUGUGCAGUCAGUGCAGUCAGACUAGUGUAGGGCCACAGGGGCCCAGCUCCUGCUACGAGGCGGCCCUCACGGACCACUACCAGGUCGUGAGGGAGCUUGGCCAGGGGGGCUUCAGCCAGGUGUUUCUAGCCCGCCAUCUCCUCACCGGGGCAGAGGUGGUGGUGAAAGUCGUUCCCAAGACAGAGGGGAACCAGCCCGUCCUACUGGAACCGCAGUGGUUGAUGGCCCUGGAGCAGCACCCGAAUGUGAUCCAGCUGUUCCAGGUCAUCGAGACCCCGAGCAACAUCUACAUGGUCAUGGAGCACGCAGGUGGGGGAGAGCUCCGGUGCUGCAUCCCGGCGGCAGGUGGGCUGAAGGAGGACAAGGCCCGCAGGACCUUCAGGCAGAUGGUGUGUGCGGUGCGCCACUGCCACGAGCGGGGCAUCGCGCACCUCGACCUCAAGUCCGAGAACUUCGUGGUGGACAACAGGGGCGGCAAGGUCAAACUCAUAGACUUUGGCCUGAGCGCCAGGGUCCGGCCUGGGCAGAAGCUCACCAGCUUCUGGGGCACUCUGCCGUACCGUGCCCCUGAAAUCGUCCUGAAGCAAGAAUACGAGGGUCCCCCGGCGGACGUGUGGAGCCUGGGGGUCACCCUCUUUCUUAUGCUCACAGGGAGGCGCCCGUUUAAGGCGAGCACGGCCAAGGACCUGCAGAGGCUCAUCGUGCAGGCCAGCUACGAGCUCCCCGCGCACCUCUCCCAGGAGGCCCGCAGCCUCCUCCAGCAGAUGCUGACGGUGGACCCCGCCCAGAGGCCCACCCUCCAGCAGGUAAUGGGGCACCCGUGGCUGAGCCAGGGCCAGGAAGCCCCGCCCGGUCCUUGCGGCCAGCCACUGCCCUCGCGCCCCGACUCCGCCAUCAUGACCAUCAUGUUUGACAUGGGCUUCGACCCCUACAACGCCUGGGUGUCCCUGGACCAGCGGAAGUUCGAUGAGGCCAUGGGGACCUAUCUUAUCCUCCUGCACCAGCGAAGCCAGGGGGUGGGCUGCGAGCUCCAGGCGAGGCCUGUGCGCCAUCGGGUGGUGGGGCCUCGCCUGGGCCCCAGGGAUCCCCCCUGCGUGCAUCCCAACAAGUGUGCCACCGAGCCUGCCCUUCCCCGGCCCUGUGAGCAGCAGCAGCAGCCCGAGGACGCCAAGUCAUCGGGACACAAGGGCACCGCAAGUGCCAGUGUGCCCGCGAUUCCUCUGCGCUUCUUCCAUGGGGACACACCCGCUCCCAGCCCAGCCGCCAGGCCAGACCCUGUGCCCCGCAGGCCCGACCACGCCAGGCCCAGGCCCUGGAGGCUCCUCAGCAGAUGGGUAGCACAAGGCCCCAGCUCGUCCUCCCAGGGUCCCUCCUCAGGUCCAUCCGUUGACAGCCACAGGGGCUGGAGGGCGGUCACUAGGAGGAUGGCCACCUGCAUCCGGCAACUGUGCUGCUGUGUGCCCUGCUUCGGCGAGCCCACCUCCAGAAGAAGAGUGGCACCCAUGCAAGGAGCCCGCAGGCGUCCUCGGCUCCAAACCACAGUGGCUCCAGGUAACCUGCCCUGA